GGUAUCAGAAACAUGAAGUUGGUAAUAGCUAGUUUGUUGGUAUGUUUGGCCUUGGCCUUGGGAGGUGAGAGGAAGCGUUAUGACGGAUAUCAAUUAAUUAAAUUAACACCUACCACUAAACAACAAUUGGACGUUAUUCGCCAAUUUGAAGAUUCUGACAAAUUCAUCUUCUUGAGCGAUAUCGGCAACAUUAACAGUGACAUUUACGUAAUUGUUCAUCCGGAUGAAGUUUCCGUUUUCGUCUCCUACAUAUCUGCAUACAAAAUUCAAAGAGUUUUGGAAAAUCCCGAUAUUCAACAAGAUUUAGACUCCAUGUGGGAAAGGUUGGACAGUCAGAAGGCGUUUGAUAUCAACGACUACAAUAGACUGGAGGAUAUCGAGGCUCAAAUAGAUGUUUGGAAUAAUGCUUGCGUAUCUGGAUUUGAAUGUUCAAUUGAAAACUUGGGAAAUUCAUACGAAGGCAGACCAAUCAAACUAUUGAAGAUUGAAAAAGCUGGAGAAAACCGCAAAAUUAUGUGGAUGGAUUCCACUAUCCACGCCAGAGAAUGGCUUGCACCAGCAACAGUUUUGAAGAUCGCCAACGCCAUUUUUACCGGUGAGAAUGCCGAUGCUACUAGAUUGUUGAAUACUUAUGAUUGGUACUUUGUAUUUGUUAUGAAUCCCGAUGGAUACGUUUACACUUGGGACGGCGAUAGAUUUUGGAGAAAGUCAAGAAAUCCAAACGCUGGAUCGUCUUGCAUUGGAACAGAUUUGAACAGAAAUUACGACUAUAGAUGGGGCUUCGGAGGAUCAAGCACCAAUCCCUGCUCUACGACCUAUAGAGGCACCAGUGCCGGUUCAGAACCAGAAACCAAAGCCGUUCAAACCAAGGCCCUCGCCAUCGGAUCUAGAGUCCUUUCUUGGGUUUCAGUCCAUACAUCAGGCAACAUGUGGUUAUCAGCCUUCGGUUAUUUAGAGCCCAGCGGAGUUUGCGGAGAGCCAACCGACUACAAUGAUAUUUACUCCGUCGCCGAAGCAACCGCUGAAGCAGUUAUGGACACAUUCGGUACUACUUGGACUUAUGGUUCUGCCUGUACAACCAUUUAUCCCGCAUCAGGAAUUACCGUUGACUAUACAUACGGAGCUGCUGGCAUCAAAUAUUCAUAUACCCCAGAAUUGAGAGGACCAGGUUUCAAUCCAGGACCAAACGCCAUUACUCCAAGUUAUCAAGAAGUAUGGAAUGGAAUCGUGGCUAUGAUAAGAAAGAUAGAAGAAAUCGAGAAUAACAAAUAA